AUGUUCCGUCGAGUUCUACAAUCUUCCGCCAAGCUGGUCGCUGGUGUUGGAGCCCUUCAACUGGGUGCUGCUGGUGUCGCUCUCACGGACAAGCAGCUGGGCAAGAAGCCAGCUUGGUAUCAAGAUGCCGUCAAAUCAUUGGAGAGUUCUUUGAAGGAGUUGGGCAAGAGCAGCUACAUCGAGUCCGAGGAGGUUUUAACUCACGCCGAGGAGGUCUUCACCAGGUAAACUUUGCUUUUCGUUUGUUUUUUUGAGUUUUAGAAGCGGAUUGGCAAGUAUAAUACAACGCGCAUUCAGUCUUUUUUCGGACCUCGUAUAAACUCCGGAUUUUUUGCUAGUGGGUUUGCUAGACGAGGUCUGCAUGGUUUCUGCACACAUGUACAUAUGCAUUAUGACGUUUUCCCCUUGUUACCGAAUCUAUUUCUUUCCAGAGUUGUUGAUCUCGACAACCCUCACAUUCUCUGGCGCUUGGGCCGCACCUUUGCCGAGAAGGCCGAGUUUGUUCAUGAUCCCGUCAAGAAAGUGGAGCUCUUGAAGAAAGCAGUGGAACUGACCAACAAAGCCAUCCAAUUGGAAGGAUCCAAUGGUCUGUCUGGAGCCCACAAGUGGUACGCUAUCAGCGCUGCCCGUCUUUUGAGUGUUGACAAGAAGGCCGUCAAGGACCCAAAACAUACACAGGAACAGAUCUGGGCCCAUUUGAAGAAGGCCACAGAACUUAAUCCUAAGGACGCCUAUGCCUUCCUCCAUUUGGGUAUGUGAUUUUCAAGUAUUUUGCUUAAAAUUUAGAGAUCAGGAUCCCAAUUGAAUCUCCAAUAUUCUAUCUGUGACGGAAAUAUUCUUAUUCAUUGCAGGUAUUGCGCACUUCGAGAAGAAGGAGUACAAAGAAGCUCUUGCCGCCUUCAAGAAAGCCGAUGAGCUCCGACAAAACACUCCUCAGAUCCUGUUCCAUCUCGGUGAGGCCCUGAGAGUCAGCAAGCAAAAGCAGGAAGCCAUCGACACCUUGAAGAAGGCUGUCGCCUCCUACUCCAGGAACAAGUUUGACCGCAAGGCCAAGAGCGACGCCAAGAGAGUCCUGUUGACCAGCUUGAAGCAAACCGCCGAGGACAUUACUCCCCAUGAAGAUUAA